AGCACACUCCUUGCCACCUGGAGCCUGGAGCUGUGCCGGACUGGCCGGGCCUCCUCAGUGGGAGAGGGAGGUCGACCAGAACUCUCGGGGCUGCUAGCCAGGGAAGCAGGAGGAAGAUGAAGGCUCGCGCUCCCCCUCCUCCUGGAAAGCCCGCCACCCCGAAUGUGCAGAGCAGGCAGAAACCUCACCGAGAUGUGUCGCCGGGCCCUCACCAGAAUCUGCUCACCAUGAAGGAGAACCUGUGGAACAGUGCAGUGGACGUGACCGUGGUUCUUCCCAGUGGGCUGGAGAAGAAGAGUGUGGUCAAUGGGAGCUACGCAAUGAUGGACCUGCUGGUUGAACUUUGCCUUCAGAACCACCUGAAUCCGUCCCACCAUGCCCUUGAGAUCCGGUCUUCAGAAACCCAGCAGCCUUUGAGUUUUAAGCCAAAUACUUUAGUUGGGACCCUGAAUGUGCACACUGUAUUUCUGAAAGAAAAAGUUCCUGAAGAGAAGGUUAAGCCUGGCCCACCUAAGGUGCCUGAGAAGUCUGUGCGUUUGGUAGUGAACUACCUGCGAACGCAAAAGGCAGUUGUGCGUGUGAGCCCUGAGGUCCCGCUCCAGAACAUUCUUCCUGUCAUCUGUGCAAAGUGUGAGGUCAGCCCAGAGCAUGUGGUGCUUCUCAGGGACAACAUUGCUGGGGAGGAGUUGGAGCUGUCCAAGUCCCUGAAUGAGCUGGGGAUAAAGGAGCUCUACGCGUGGGACAACAAGAGAGUUCUUCUGACCAAAACGCAGUCGGAGCCUUCCCUGAGCCGUCGAGAAACCUUUAGAAAAUCAUCACUUGGCAAUGAUGAGACAGACAAAGAGAAGAAAACAUUUCUGGGAUUUUUCAAAGUUAAUAGAGGAAGCAAUAGUAAGGGCUGUCUAACUACCCCGAACUCCCCGUCCGUGAAUUCCCGUUCCAUGACGUUGGGUCCAUCCCUCUCGCUCAGCAACAUCUCAGGGGUGUCUGUGAAGUCGGACAUGAAGAAGCGCCGGGCCCCUCCGCCUCCUUCCCUGCCUGGUGCGGGGCUACCUGCACGAGACAAGGCAUCAGAGAAGGUAUCUCUGGGGUCACAGAUUGAGUUACAGAAGAAGAAGAGGCGGGCGCCAGCUCCCCCUCCGCCACAGCCCCCACCGCCAAGCCCCCUGGUUCCCACCCGCACUGAGGACAGGGAGGAGAACAGGAAGAGUGCAACGGGUGUUGGACGGCAGGUGCCACAAAAGCCUCCCAGAGGCACUGCUCGGGGACCCCCCCAGUUAGUGCUCCCCCCGCCCCCACCCUACCCUCCUCCUGACACAGACGUGGCAGAGCCUCUCGGCUUUCCUGGGGAAGGUGCUGGUUCCGAGGCCUCCGACCUGAGACCCACACUGAGCCUGCCCCUGGGGCCCAGCAGUCCCGGCAGCGUGGACGGGGUCCCACCAGUGCUGCCAGACGCCGAGGAGACUGUUUCUGUCAGCAGCUGUUUUGCGUCUGAGGACACAACUGAGGACUCAGGAGUGAUGAGUUCCCCCUCAGACAUCAUCUCUCUGGAUUUCCAACAUGACAGCAUGAAGUUCAAAGAUAAGUGGGCCACAGACCAGGAAGACUGCAGUGACCAGGACCUAGCUGGAACCCCAGAACUGGGUCCCCAGAAGAGCCCCUCGGGGGAGAGGAACAUCUCUGGGAACUGGCAGCCAAGAACUGAAAAAGCGGUUAUAGCCUCAAAUAAUGAUGAAGACCUAUUUGUUACUGGACAGUUCCAGAAAACCCUUGCAGAGCUUGAUGAAGAUCUGGAAGGAAUGGAAGAUAGUUAUGAAACCGACACCAGCUCUCUAACCAACUCCAUAAAUGGUGUGUCUAGUGGCUGCAAACGAGAUGCCAUCAUCGCUGACAGUGAUGCAGACGCAAUCCCAGUAACGUUCAUAGGGGAAGUGUUAGAUGAUCCUGUCGAUGCGGGGUUGUUUGCCAAUAGAAACAACAAUGCUGGUUCUUUUGACAAGGGGAGUGUAACCAGCAGGGGAGCCCACCUGCCACCGUAUCAGGCUGAGCACAGCCAGCAACAUGGAAAGAAGGGGGCAGAAGUACCUGAGUCAUCCGCUCCUUCCCAGGACAUUGGAAAAGAAAUCAAAUCAGCCUGGUCCGACACCUGUAAAGAUGUGAAUCCAAAUAAAAUGGAGCCCAAGGCAACGUCUGCUUCGAAGCUUCCCACACAUGACUUAAACGCAAAGGAGAGAGGCGAGGUGCAUAGCUCUGCUCACAGUGGGGAGACACGGGCCAUCAAGAGAGUGAAUUCACAGCCAAUGAAGGAAAAGGAGCGCAAUGAUAAAAAUGAUGUCUCGGCACCGCUGUCCUGGCAUCAACGAGGUCAAAAUGCAGGAGGAAGUUAUGGACUUAAAUACGGCCUCACAACAUAUAAAAUUGUCCCUCCAAAAUCAGAGAUGAGGUGUUACGACAGAGGAGUAUCGCUCUCAACAGGAGCCAUUAAGAUUGAUGAGCUAGGGAAUCUGGUGAAUCCCCAUGCCAAUGGGGGCAGGACCAUAGUUCUGUCAUCCACGCUUGAAACAGAAAGCCAACCCAUUGGAAAAGUCAAAGAAUUCUGGAGGUCCAACUCUAUGGAAAAACACUCUGGCCAGCCCACAGAGUGCUCGGCCAAGAGGACCCCCAGCCCCACCAUGCCAGUGAAAAUACCACAUCAAGAAAGCAGACUCAGAGCAGAACCCACCUUUCCAGACUCCAAAGUGACAUCACCCCAGCAGCAGUCUGCCCACCAAGAAGAUGGGAGACGUCUAGAGGAGGGGAAGAGCCGGCCACCCUCUGCAGUCACUUGUCACAUGAAAGUGCCAGCAGCUAACACCACAGAUAUCCCAUUUCUCAAGCCUCAGAGAAGAACAUCCAGUCACUAUGUGGCCUCUGCCAUUGCCAAGCGGAUAGGGACCCCAAAAGCCCGCACCAACAUGGUGAGGAAGCAUGAUGGUGCCCAGAAGACCCAUGAAGGCAGAGCGCCAGGGCUAACUGGACAACCUCCCACUAUGAAAGAUGGUACCACCCCCAGCCCAUACUCAGAGACACAGGUUCGUAAUGAUGGGCAAGAAUCAGUGGAAGGAGCCCAUCCCAAAGGGCAGGUCAGCAGCCCCUGUGGAAAGUUGUCUACUCAAGACUGUCCUACUGGCAUCCCCAGACGUUCCUAUGUUCCUCCAAUCACAACUCCCCAGAGGGAUCAUGUUUCUGUGGGACAGAGCUGUGGCUCCAGUGGAAAACAAAGCACAAGUAACCACAGGACCAGCUCAGCAUCUGACCCCAAAUGCCCGUCAGACAGUACAAAUCCCCUGCGUCCACGCUCAGGAGAUGAUCAGACUCCUGACAGGGCCCUGGUGAAUGGCUCCAGAUGGGUCCCCAUCCACAGUGAGCCUCCUCACUCUCCGAGAGUGUCUGGCACAAAUGGCCAUGCUGGACGGGAGCCCCUAGAACGGGAGGAGAAGCCCAGUUUGUUAUGCACAGAUGUACAUGAAACCGAUGGUACACUGCCACCCAGCAUCUUUGGCCCAAAGAAGAAAUUCAGACCUGUUGUCCAGAGGCCAGCACCAAAAGACACGUCCCUGCACAGCGCCCUGAUGGAAGCCAUCCACUCGGCAGGAGGGAAGGACAGCCUUCGCAAGACUGCAGAACACAGCUCAGAGGGAGGGCCAAAGAAACCAUCCUACACGGAGGCAGAGAGCCAGCACUCAGCUCUGCUGGCAGCCAUCCGUGGGCACAGAGGAGCCUGCAACCUGCGGAAGGUGACGUCCUUCGCCUCGGAGGAGCUCCAGAGCGUCCGCGACGCUGCACUGUCUGCACACGGGUCGGAACCCCAGGGGCUGGAAGACCUUGGCAUUCAACCCCUGCCACCCCCACCCCCUCCGGCCACCCAGGCUCCCUCCACGUCCAGGACAGCGUCCAGGUCCAGCUCAGGCCCCCUCAACAACCCAGUGGAUGCCAGGCAGGCCUUGAUGGAUGCCAUCCGCUCUGGCACGGGGGCUGCGAGAUUGAGAAAGGUGCCGUUGCUCGUGUGAAUCACUAACAAGAUCAGAUUGUGGCAGAAACCCACCUGUAAGACGUCCACAAUCACCACUCAAGGACUCCAUUGUGGCAAGGGGCGUCAGGAUUUGGUGUACUUUCUUGUCUACAGGCCAAAACUCGCACAGUUCAUUUUCAGUCCUGUAUAAUGGUUCAGAGGGAGGGGGAAGUGCUGCUCUGCUGCAUGGCUUGUGUGCCAAGGAUAUGUAUUUGCCUCUGAAUAUUUAAAGUUGCCAAUAACUAUUCUUGUUGGCAGGUUAGUGGGAAUAUAAGCGUUGGAGCCCAACACUACACUGAAUGAUACUGAUGGGCGACGUGGAAAGAACCAUGUCUUAGACCGAUUUUGGACCUUUGAGAUUUUUACCACAUAUAGGUGGUUAAAACCAUUUAGUUGUUUAAAAUCUUUUGAGUUCUAGGAAAAAUAUAUAAAUCAAUGGAAACAAUCUGAAUGCAAUGCUCUACAUGAUGCUCCAUGUUUUGUAGUAAGAAAAAAAGACGCAGGAGGCUUUUUCAAAUGUGACUUUGUUGAGUAAUGAAACUAUUGGAUUUUUAUUCCUCAGAAAUUUGGGGUUGAAACCUCAUUUGGGUAGCAGACCAUGAUCUGACCAAUUAAGCUUUUAAAAAUCAACUAUUAUCACCCAGAAUAACAAUCAUACUUGAUGUGUGGACAGGACAUUUCUGAGUUUUCC